AUGUGCGUAAGCGUACAUGCUGCACUUGAGAUGGUUUCCGAAUCCAUGCGAGACCUCUUUAAAUACCCGCAAUUUAAGACGAACCAGGUCAUUCUGCCGAGUUUGCAGUUGGUCCAAAGUGUGAAAGGUAAGAUACUCCUCUUCCCCCUUGUAGAAAAAUCUAAAAGUUUUUCGAUAUAGUG